CAAAUUAAAAGUUGAUAUACCCUAUGAAAAGAUCAACAUUUUUCAAUUUUUAAUCGAAAUUACUUAAUUUAAUCGCGUAAAUCGCUAGUAAAUUACAUGAUAUUGUGUUAAAUAUAUGUAGAACGAAGUGAAAAAGAUCCAAUCAUGACGAUUCUACCGAUUAUAAACCAAAAAUCUGGCAAUGACGAGAAAAAAGAUAAUGUACAACGUGAUAAAAGAAUUAAUACCGAUAGAUUAAAUUAUGAGGUUCGUCGAAGUCCAACAAGUCGUAGCAAUAAAAGUCAUGGGCGAUCUAAUAAACGUGAAAAGGCAACAUCUGUGCUUCAAGUGCAGGCAAAAUAUCAGCCGCACGCAUCAUCUUCAUCAUCGACAUCAAAUGUAAUAAAGAUACAGCAGUUGCCUUGCACAACGAAUGUUGUAACGCAACAAAAUCAAAUUCAUGGUGCCAGUACAAGUGUAGCUAGUUCGUCGACAGAAUGCUCAAAAAGUGAUAGCAACAUAGCAAGCAAUAGUUGUGUUAAUAAGAAAAAUGAUAAGGAGGGCGUUGAUUUCCUGAAAAUAUUAGAAGAGAAAGUUUCAGGAUAUAAUAGUGGCGACGAGCAUUUAGAGUCGAAAGAGAAUAAUCUCACUAGUGAGGAAUGGAAGCAUCGUGAUGAAAAGUUUUCAAAGAUAUUAACACAAGAACGUGGUUUAUUAAUAAAAGAAAUGGAAGAAGAUGGUGCUUGCUUAUUCAGAGCCAUUUCCUAUCAAAUUUAUGGUGAUCAAGACAUGCAUGACAUGAUAAGGCAACAAACUAUGGAUUAUAUUUAUCAGAAUCGCGAAUAUUUUGAACAAUUUCUAACUGAGGAUAUUCAUUCGUAUGUAAAGCGCAAAAGACAGAAUCAUCUACAUGGAAAUCACAUAGAAAUUCAAGCAAUGUCUGAAAUGUACAAUCGACCAGUUGAAUUAUAUUGCUACGAAUUGACACCCAUAAAUAUUUAUAACCCCGAGCAAAUCAAUAAUGGCUACGAUCCAUUAAGGCUCUCAUAUCAUCGAUAUUCUCAUUAUAAUGCAAUUUUAGAUCCUUACAAGUCGUCAGUCGGUGUUGGUCUAGGAUUAGCUGGUUAUCAUCCAGAAGAAUUUGAUCCAACAAAGCAAGUUAAAGAUGCUAUGCAAAUGAGCGAAGAACUGGAAAUUGAGCAGAUGAUGGUUGAAGAUAAAUUAAAAAUUACAGAUUGGGAAGCAACAAAUGAAGUUGUGGUCGAACAGAUUGCUAGACAAUCUUAUUUGCAGUUCUGCAAAGAAAAUAUGAAUAAAACUUUUAAGAAGUCAAGUACAAGUACAAUUACAUCAACCGAAGCAAGUUGCAGUUCCAUAAUGUCAUCAUGUGAUACAUCACCAAAAAAUGAACAACAAGGAUGCUCAUCUCAUCAAAGCGAACGGCAAAAGAGCCCAAGUUACUCGGAUUAUUACACGCAUACUUCGGGUCGUAGGAAAAAGAGAAAUGGUGAAAAACGAAAGCAAGAUGAAGCUCCCAAGGAAGAAACAUCAAGUCCAAAGCGUUCAAAAAGAUUAUCACCAUCACCGGGGCCACAAAGUUCAUCUUCCUCAGAAAGUGAUGGUGAAAAGCCUGUGUCUGCAUUUUAUCAAUCACUCCUAGAAUCAUCAUAUGCAAAAAAUGGUCUAGGACAAUUAACAGAAAAAGAAAUGAUGCAGAAGGCACUAAUUCAAUCCAUUAAAGAUAUCACAAAAAGAAUAAGUAAAAACAAUACAGACGAUGAGUACGAUUCUCCGUAAAAAUGUUUUAAUUAUCGAGAAUUCUAGACUUGAAUAGAUUUGAAGAUUGAUUGGGAAUUUAUUUGGUAUAGAAUUUCUAGUUGGAUUGUUCAUCAAAAUAUGUUUUGUAAUGACUAGAGAAGUUUAUAGGACAUCGGACUUUAUUAAUAUUACUGACUAAGAAAAAACAAAUUUUGGGUGGAUGUUAUUUAUCCUAUGCCAAUUUUUAAAAUUUUAUGAGAGAGACUUUCUUCGUGAUAAUGAGACAAUUGCAGAAAAUGCAUGAAAUCUACAAAAUUUAACUUAUGUUGAACAUAAUAGUAUGAAGCCAUUGAUGAAGGCUAUUUUAAAGCAAAAAAAAGGACUAAUGAGUAAGAAUAGAAUUAAUCUUGAAUCUAUUUAUGUCUAGACGUGAGAAUAAAAUGUAUAUAAGUAAUAGCACGAUAGAUAUUAUGUCUUCUUAAGAAAGAAUUGAAAUUAUGAUUUCACUCUACAUAUAAAAAAAAGUAUGUAAGCACUAAUUAUUGAUUUAUGAUUAUUAUCAAAUUUAGAUUAAAUUUUAUUUCAUGAAAUAAAAAGAAAAAAGGUAGUUUGUAAAAGUAAGAAUUAAUAAUUUUAAUAAAG